AUGAAUUAUGGGACCAGUUCAUCUGAAGCCGCACUUCCAUCAUUGAUGCGUAAAAUGGAAAAAGCAGGCUGCGAAAAAUCUGUGGUUGGCUUGGUUAUCCCUACUGGUUAUUCAUUUAACCUCGAUGGUACCAACAUCUAUAUGACGAUGGCGGCGCUCUUUAUUGCACAAGCAUGUAAUAUCGAUUUGAGUAUUCAAGACCAAAUCUUAUUAUUGCUCGUUGCAAUGCUGAGCUCUAAAGGUGCUGCUGGUGUUACAGGUGCUGGAUUUAUUACCUUAGCUGCAACAUUAUCUGUUGUUCCAGCAGUUCCUGUUGCAGGUAUUGACCGCUUUAUGUCUGAGUGUCGUGCACUGACCAAUUUAGUCGGUAAUGCGUGUGCGACGAUUGUUGUGGCACGUUGGGACAAUGCUUUAGACAAAGACAAACUGGCUACUGCAUUCGCUCAUCCGAGUAAAGCGCACUAUGAUGCUAAAGCAGUUGAACAACAUCGUGAAGAUCCAAUGGAUUAA